UUCAGAAACUAAUUAAGACUCCAUGGAGACUCUCAGCGUGGGUCGUCUGGUUCUUCUCCUCUUCUUCGUCACCUUCGUCCUCUUCCCUAAACACCCAUGUGGUAGCCAUGAUGAUGGCGGCAGCAUGAAGAAGACAAAGAUGAUGAAGUGGGAUCAUCAUGAGGGAGGGGAGAAAAUACAUCUGGAGUUCUGCGUGAAGGACAAGUGCACAGAGGGUCCAUGCUGGUGUUGCAGGAUACUAGGCCGCACGGAUUGUUAUGGUGAUCUAGUUGAUUGCGAGGCCCACUGUCCUACUUUUCCUCCUGCAGAUCCCUCUGCUCUAAUUAAUUAAUUACUUCAGGGAUUGAUUAAUAAUCCGUUCAUCUCCCUCCCUCCCUGUCCCUCAUAUCGCUUUCAUUUUCUUUUUUAUAUUUGUAUGCAACUGCAUGCAUUAUUAC